GGGUUGAACAAGACAGUGCCAUGGCGACCUUCCGUGGCAUUUACACCUUUAGGCCGUCGUUAAAGCUACUAAAUAGCAAUUAUAUCCCAGCUAAAAUUGGCCACACGGGGUUAUAUAGUCUUAACAUAGCCGGUUACAGUACUUCAUCCCGUGAUUCUUACAAUGCACGUCUUUACGGGCGCACAUGUGCUAGGUCUAAUUCACAGCCACGUGAAAUGAACUUUUAUGGACUCAUGGAAUCAUGUGCUAGGUAUAGCACUAGUAAUGCAACUGCUGAAUCGAGUACUACGGAGCAGAAGACCGAAGGCAAUGGCACUGCUAGUCAACCCGGCACUAAGACUGAGUCUAACUCGGGUAACACAAACGACUCUGACACUCAAACCAAUGCUGAUCGCAAAAAUCCAUUACCAAUGGGUAUAUUCGGCUGUGCCUCCAUGGUACUAGCCGGAUACUGUUUCGCUGGAUUCCGGGAAAAGGACGAAACUAUAAUGGCAACAUUAGAACGUGGUAUGGAUCGCAUAAUAGAGAAGUUAAAUGGAAUGUUUGUAAAUGAUGACGGGCCACUAUUGCCAGAUAUUGAAGACCUUAACUACCCACCAAAUCUACCCACGUUAGUGGUUGACCUUGACAAGGUUGUAGCCAAGCUAGAAUAUGACCGUAGAACUGGGUGGCAACUUAAAAAGAGGCCUUAUGCAGAUCGGUUCUUUCGGGAAUUGAUAAAUUAUUACGAAAUUGUGGUAUGGUCUGACGACUCAUACCCCGUAGCUACAGAUGUUGCCAACCGUUGGGGACUACCAGUUAUAGGGUGUAUACACAGAGACCGAUGCACCAAGUUCAAAGGGUCAUAUAUCAAGGACCUUAGCAAGUUGGGACGUGACCUAAAUCGCGUUAUACUGCUAGAUCACGAUAGAGUGGCAUGCAUGCUACAAGAAGAUAAUGCUAUCCUGGUACGCGAGUUCGACGGUGACGAGAGUGACAAUGAAUUACUGCAUCUAAUAGGACUACUAAAGACAAUAGCUAUUAAUCCCACCGAUGUGAAGCGGCAGAUCAUGCAGUUUGGCGGUGGACUAGACCGCGAUAUCGGACGCAGAUUCGCCGAGAAGCACCAAUACGAUGCAGAACGUGCUAGAGCCAGACAGAGUCUGUCUAAGCGCCUUGGAUUUAAACAUUUUUAAUAUCUAUACAUUUUAUCACGAAAU